AUGGCUUUCUCAAGGCUCCUCGCCAUCAUCUCCUGCCUGUCGCUCGCUGUCUUCAGCACCGCUGCCCCUUCAUCGUCGCAUUCGCUUGAUAGAAGAGCAGACGUCGUUCACUUUGAGGUUACGUUAACAUGGGAAGACUAUUCUCCGGUCGGCGGGACACCGCGCAAGAUGAUCAUGACCAACGGCACUUUCCCUGGCCCUCCCCUGAAGAUGAAGGUCGGCCAGAGUGUGGAAUUCCUCGUUCACAAUGAACUUCCCGAUGCCACUACGAUUCAUUUCCACGGUAUUGUUCAACAGGGCACGCCAUGGUCGGACGGUGUCCCCGGUCUCACGCAACACCCCAUUGCCCCUGGCUCUUCCUUCUUGUACAAAUGGACCGCUGAUGCCUCGGGCGUCUACUUUUACCACGCCCACUACCGAUCGCAGAUCAUGGAUGGCUUGUACGGCGCCAUCAUCAUUUCUCCAGCCUCCAAGGACGAUAAGCCGUUCAGCUUGAUCAACGACGAUCCUUACUACCAGGACUUGAUGUCAGCUGCCGAUGAUGAGCUGCAGACUCUCUUCAUCUCGGACUACAACAAGUACACCUCGGCCGAACUGCACCAGCAGGAACAAGAUGCCAACAUUGACUUUGCUUGCGCUGACGCCAUCAUCAUCAACGGCAAGGGCUCGCAGAUCUGCCUGUCCCGCGAUGAGUUGACUGCCUAUACGAGCCCCAAGGUUGCUCCCCUGCUUGCUGCAGUAAGCCCAUCUCAGAUCACCGACAAGGGCUGCUUGCCUCCCAAUCUGCCAGCCACUCAAGGCAACUUCACCUUCAACAUCGAGACCCUCCCAUCCGAUGCCUACUUUGAGUGCACGCCCUCGUCAGGGCCGACCGAAGUCAUCACCGUGGAUCCCGCGAAAGGCUUUGCUGCUCUCACAUUCAUCAACCCUGGUGGGUACGAGUUGCUCAAAUUCACCAUUGACGGUCACAGGAUGUGGGUGUACGGCGUCGACGGUGGCUAUGUCACGCCUCAACUCGUGGACCAAGUGGUUGUCAACAACGGCGACCGAUACUCCGUCCUGAUCGAGCUUAACCAGGCUCCGGCUCAGUAUGCUAUUCGCGUUGCGAACAACGGUCUCAACCAAGUCAUUAGUGGUUUCGGAGUCCUGAGCUACAAGGACUCGACGGGACCCGCGUCAGAGGAUCCGAACGCGUUGGCAAUCAUGAACUUCGCUGGAGCCAACACCACGACGUUCGUCCCGUACAACGACAAUAAGGCCGCUCCCUAUCCUCCAUCACCUCCAGCCCCUACUGCCGACGUCACUUACCAGAUGAACAUCAAGAAGCUCGGUCAGCCCGCCGGAGCCUACCAGUGGACUCUCAGUGGCGUGCAGUCUUUUUCGACAGAGCUGGAAGACCAAACACCUCUCCUGUUCGAAGACCCGGCUUCCGUCACCGAAAGUGAUCUCAUCCUCAAGACCACCAACGGAACGUGGGUUGAUCUGGUCAUCAAAACCCAAGGGCCUCUGGCUCAACCUCAUCCAAUGCACAAGCACUCGAACAAGGCGUACGUCCUGGGCAAGGGUGUCGGCAACUGGACAUGGAAUACUGUCGCCGAGGCGGCAGCAGCCCUUCCCGCCAACACAUUCAACUUCCAGAACCCACCUCUGCGCGAUGGGUACACCACAACACCCAAUGAGCAAAACAGCACCUGGAUGGUGAUCCGUUAUCAAGUCGUCAACCCCGGCGCCUUCCUUUUCCACUGCCACGUUCAGACACACAUGUUCGGUGGCAUGGCUAUGGCCAUGCUCGACGGCGUCGACCAGUGGCCGGAGGUGCCCUCGGAAUAUGCCAGCGGCAAUGGCAUCUCGACCAAGCUGGCGAAGAAGGGCAAGCUACAUCCCCUGCACCAAAACAAGCAUUAA